CGGUGUAUGCCUACACACGGGACCGCAGGGCUGGUUAUCGCGGUGUUGUUGUUGGGUGGCGGGAUGGUGUGGCGGGGGAGAAAAAACCAUCUGAAAGCCUCUGAGAAUGCGCCGCCGUGGAGUUUGCGCCGCCGCCGCCGCCGCCACGCCGCCGUACGUGUGUUAAGCCAUAGAGUUGAGUUUUUGCCCGAAAAUACAAACACACACGGGCACAACCACCGUGCGCGCCGGCAGUGUUCGGUUGAAAACCGCCCCGUAGUCACACGCGUGGCGAGAGCGAACUGUCUACUCCGAUGAUGCGCCGCGUAAAAGAUUAAACGAAAAUAAAACAAUCAUGGAGAAGACGUAUUUCAACGAGUCGCAUUUACCAGGCGAUGGAUUUACGUCCAUAGCUACGUCACUAAUGGCCGUCCACAUGGUGCUCGUGGCGAUUAUCGGCACCACAGCGAAUUUAUGCGUUUUCCUCGCUCUGUCCAUGAGUCACAAGGUGUCCAACAACCUUUUGCUGCUCAACCUUUGCGUCGCCGACAGUAUGGUGUGCAUUAUUAGCGGACCUUUGACAGUGCUGUCUUGGGAAUGGCCUGCGCUUUCGUCGUACACCAUCGUCAACGCUGUACAGUACAUACCGGUGGCGGCCAGCACGUUGAGCUUGAUGACGCAGUCGAUCGACCGGUACUCGUCCAUCAAACACCCGCGGCACAACAGGUUGCACCGGGACAAGCACCCCGCUUACCUCGUGUCCGGCGUGGUGGCCGCGUGGACGGUGGCCGCGGUCGUGUCGGUGCCGCGGUACGCGUGGCCGGUGCGCCGGCUGAUGGCGGACAUGCGGUGGACGCGGUACUACGAGACGUGUUACGUGGCCGUCGUGUUCGCCGUCCCGUGGGCCGCAGUGGCGUUCAGCCAGCGGGCCGUCAGCAGAACGCUGUACAUCACGUCCCUGAAGGCGGCCGCGGCCCGCGGACAGUUGCCGUUGCCCAUGCCCAUCAUGACUGCCGAGUGCAAGCAAGUGAUCCUGGUGGCGUCCAUACAGAAAAACACGACCGUCCAGACAAAGGUGCAGACCAACGACGUCGGGAUACAACUGCAGCAGCAGCAACCGCAGCAACAGCCGCUGACGUCCCAUCAGCAAUUCCUGCAGGAACAGCAACAGCAGCAAGUGCAACAGCAACAGCAACAGCAGCAGCAGCAGCAGCAGCAACAAAAGCAGCGUCCCACGCCGAGCGCGCGGAGUCGCAGACGGUUGGCCAAAGUUUUGGUAGCCCUGGCCGGCGUGUUCGUCGCCUGUUGGUUACCGUACGCCGUCGCUUUGCUGUACACCAAUUGGUGGUUUUAUCCGUCGUCGCCGGACGACAGCGACACGAACAACGACUACGGCGACGACAACGACAACGACGGCCGACCCGCCGUCCACCGGUUGGCCACCGUGGCCGCUCUGCUGCUGGGCCACGCCCACUCGGCCGUCAACCCGGUGGCCUACUGGUGGCUGAACCGGCACACGCUGCGCGCCUGUCCGUGGUGCUGGUCGUCCGACGAUCAGUUCGACGACGACGACGGCGGCGACGACGACGGCGACGGGACGGCGUGCUUCGGAUGCGGAGCGUUGGGCUGCAUCGUCAGCGGCGCCGUCACGGCGUUCGGAUGCGGCCGGGGCGACGGCAGUUGCGCGGGCGGCGGCGCCGUGGACUGCGCCGGCGGCGCCGGUUGCCGGCAGUCGCAGAACCACACGCCCACCCGGCUCAACCGGCUGCUGUUCCACCGGCAGGCCAACAACCAUCAGCGCAGCCGUCAACCGUCGUCCACCAACGAGGCGGCCCUGGGGCCGUUCAACCCGCGGUUCGCCACGCCGAAGAAGCGACCUCAACAGUUGCCCGUCGUCAAGAAUCCCGUCAUGCUGUAUUACGCGUGAAUCACACCCACCGCCGACCCACCCCACCCGCACGACAGCAGCUCGCAGAAGUGAAAAACGAAAUCUCUAAGUCUGCGGCGGAGAAAAAAGAGUCUGGUACGACCCCGGAUAUCGGACUUAUUGGUCUCGGACCGUGUACGACGACAUGCACGUCCGUUUUCGCGAGAUACUAUCCUUUGGAUUCAGUCGUCGUACACCUGUUAUACCGGUGGUUAUUGACUUUUUUCGAAUAGCGAAACACUUGAAGUUUUACUAGAUUUUCGCGGAACACAGCCGUAAAACAAAACAGUAACUUUUUUUUUAAAUUUUUUAUUAUAUUAAUAACUACGAUAAUACGUGUAUGCUAAUAAAACUGUUUGCAUACGACAUGUUAGUAAAAUAAACGAACAAAACCAGCUAAAAUGAUUCUAUUAUACGGUAUAAUAUGCUAUGUAGACUAUACGUUGCAUAUUACAGUAAAGUUAUCGUAUAACACACGUCUUAUGCCCUCGUGUUUUGCAAGUCCAUAAAAGUCAAAAUAUUAAGAAAAUGAAAAAAAAAAUUUCACCGAUUUUAAAAUUUUGUCGGAACCACUGACCUAUACCGCGAAAUAACGGCGUUUUAUUGUAUAUUUUAUAAUCGUAUACGUUAUAAAACACAUGUUGACGCGACAGCUACAAUUAUAGCACACGUAGUGAGUGUUAUUUAAUAAUAUGGUUCGUUAAUGUUUAGACAUACACUGUGUCGAGUGGGAUGCAAUCUAUUGUCCACACCAACUUGUAAGUAGUAUAUGUCAUGAAUACUGAUCGGUAUUUGUAUUCUAGAAUAAGACGUUUAUUGGGGUGUUUUUUUUUUUUUGACAUAUUUACAUCGCUGUCGUUUAGAAAAUAUGUUUCUAUUUCAUAAUUUCUAUUGCAAAUAAUAAUAAUAAUAAAAAAAAAAAAACAUUCUACGUGUCACCAUUCACAUCUUAACUACUAUAGUUUAUCGUAGACUUAUUAGCUUGAUAACGUUAUUAUAUUCGUAUUAAUCGUAUUCUUCUGUUAUUAAUAAUACAAAUUUUAAAUGUGUUUUAAUCGUCAUUUUCAAUAUUUAUUCGUUGUUUGUGUAUUCGUGUUAACUAUUUUCAAACUAUAUAUAAUAUUUAUGUAUUAUGUGAUUUUUAUGUUUUACAAAGUGUAAAACAAUUCGAUCAAUAUAUUAUAUCCAUUUUAAAUAUUUUUAUUGUGUAUUAAUAUGCACGCAUUACAGAUCAAAAAAUAAUAUUAUGAUAUUUAUUAUUAAAUUUGUUGUGUGAUGAUUUAAGUCGAUUUGUAAACGAAUUUAUAUUCUGCGCGAAGUUAUUAAAAAAGAAUUUAAAUAACGUGUUAGGUUAGGUGCAGCUUAGAUAUAAAAUAUUAAUUAAUCCGUUAUUGACCAAAAUGUUUUUUUUUUUUUGUUUUACAAUAGUUUUCUUCUCUUUGUCAGCGAUAUUAAUCAUCAUUUCGAUAAUUACUAUUCAUUGGAUAAUAGAAAUAGGUACGUGAAUUCGUCAAAUCAUCGAAUUGUUUGUGCCCUUCGUUGUGAAAAUCAAUACGUCAUAACAAUUAACGAUUUUCAUUACGAUUAUUAUCUGAUGACAUUUAUAAUGUGUUUAAAAACAAAUCGUAAAAAUUCAUCUAAUUCUAUAUUGUAUAAAAAAUAUGACUGUUACUCAUUUAAAAAUUAACAUUUAUUUUUAAUAUAACUAUAACCAUUGCGGUCGACUUAAACGGAUAGCCAAGUUUACUUGCAGGUUUACAUUAUAAUACUGUUACACGUGAAACAAACGUAAAUGUAUAUUUUUAAACGUAUACCGAGAAUGGGGAUAUACUUUGUCAAUAUACCUAAAUUUGUGUGCUUUUCUACAUCCGCAACGACUUUAUCUGAGCACUAUAAUAAUAUAUUACACGAUGGAUAGCCGACAGAUAUAAAUAAUACAUUUCCGUUUAAGCGAUUCUUGUUGAAUGGAGGGAAUAAAAGUAUCGACGUAAAAACACAACGAAUAUAUUAUUCGUAUCGAAAACGCGAAAUCCUAGCAUGUUGUGUAUUGCAUAGUACAAAUUAUACUACCAUCGGUGACAACAGUAAUAUUAAUUUAUAGGCCAAGGGAUCACAUAAUCGUUCUUUCUCAUGUUUUCAUAAUUAUUAUAUAUACCCUACGUAUUAUUUAGUAUUAUUUAGGUAGUAUUAUAUCAUGGCUUCCUAUUAAUCCGUAUAUACCACCUACACACCUUCACUACACACUACAGGGUCCAAUUAUUAUUAUUAUUAUUACAUAAUAUAUUUUCACGUUACUAUAUUUUAUUGUUAUAUACACUCGAAUAUUUCUGUGAUAUAUUAAAUUGUAUCAUUCAGUACUCGGUAGUACAACGUUUCGAACAAUCAUUCAUGGCACUGACAAAAACAAAAAUAAUACAUUUCUAUAAUAAAAACGCUCGUUAAAGUAAUAUCGUUUAUGGUUUUUUGGACGUUUAUUAAUACUAUCACCCGUGACCCACGACCACGGUACCAAUGGUUUUUACCCGAAGUCUGAUAUUGUAGGUAUCUGAUUUAUCACCGUGGCAUUAUAAUAAUAUAUAGGUAUAAUAAUACUGCGCGCAAUAAGACACCCGAUCGACAAUUCUUCGUAAUAUUAUGUUUUACCAAUAAAUUAUAAUAUAUGCAUCGGUCAUCACUCUGAACAUUUCACACAUUAUAUUUAUCCGUAUCGUUCGUGAUACUGUAAGAUAAUAUUAUAUAUGUAUUGUGUAUAUAAGUAUAUAAUUACGUCAUUGUUACGUUUUUUUUUGUGAUUUUUAUUUCAAUCUUCCUUGUUCUUUUUAAUAAAUUAUGUCAUAAUAUAUUAUUGUAUCGCUGUACGAUGUAUUUUAUAUAAAUAUAACAUAUAAUGUAUGAUAAUAAUAAUUAUUAAAAAUAUAUUAUAAUAUUAUGUACUGAAA